CUACGACAUUGUCACUAAUGAUUGCACGGGAAAAGAGUGUGGGCACUACACACAGGUGGUGUGGGCUUCCUCAGUCUGGGUCGGCUGUGGAGUACAAAGAUGUGGGACGACGGUUGGUUUUCCUCAUUCCUCCAGCACCAUACUCAUCUGUAACUAUGGACCAGGUUGCCACAACAUUUGAAGAUACAAAACAAUCAUGAUAGACAUACUCAAUCAUAGCA